AUUUUUGCCUUUCUGCUCACGGAAUACUUCACUCACGCUAGGGUUCUUAAGUAGGCCACAUUUAUUUCUUCGUUCUUCUAUUACGGAACAAAACAGAGCUUCAUCUAUCAAACUACGGUGAAAUCCGCCGCCGUUUCGUUCGCCAUUAUGCUCGUUUCCUUUAGGCUAUGUGCUGUGUUAGUUUAUCCAAGCAAUUUUGUGUAGUGUCCGAGCAUCGCAGCGUAAGCGUAUCCUAUGAUAAGAAAGUCCAUGAAGACGUUAAGCGAAAAAUUGUCAACUAUGUGGUGGCGAGGCGAGACGUGGUGGCGAGGCGAGACGUGGUGGCGAGGCGAGACGUGGUGCAAUUCCGACACGGCUUUGCGAACGUUACUUCUUGUGGCGCUACUCUGUGGCACUUUCUGGUACGACUGUCGGCCAGCGGCUAUGGUAGGCGCCGUGUCGCUCGGAGCGCUCUGGUGUCGGCACUGUUCUUCGGUGCAGUUGCAGACUUCUUCGCGCCUCGACACAGCGAUCGCGAAAGCAAGAGCACGUUGUUGCACACUGCGAAACAGUAGACCCUAUGGCUUUACAAUUGCGCUAGUAGUGACUGUUCUCACGCCAAUCAUCUUGUUUUUCGUGCUUCCUUGGUGGAUGAUACUAAUGUCCCUGCUAGUGCUAGGAGUGGUCAUAAAAUGGACAUACGAUAUUAAAGUAGUCUUUAGCAACGAUACUGCUACUAUCCAGGAGCAGCAGUUCGAGCUAGAGGUAAAAGAGUUUCUUCCAGAAAUCAACGAACUUAAUCAGUCGCUGCUAAAAGAGGUUGGAGAGAAGGGCGAUAUUCCGAUGCACAUUGAUUGGUGCAACGAGAAAUCCGCCCAAGAAGGAGACAAUUACGGAGAAGAUGAGCUGUACAUUAGGAUGCUGUUACCGGAGGAUGGUAGUAGGGAAUUAGAAACAGUCGAACAGAGUGACUCCAGCAGUGACGAAUUAUUCAUGGACGAUGGUGGCUCGCAAAUGGUGCGUAAGAGGUGCACAAAUGGUACGAAAACCGCCAUAGAAGAAGUGUGCGACGAACGGAUACAGUUUAAAAUCAGUCACUUUAAUGCGAACAGUUCGUCUGAUUCGGACGAGAACAUCUCGAGCGGCCUCUCUUUCGGUGGGGAGUCUUCCGAGGCUCGUAGUCGGACAAAAAGCACUGUAUCAGAGAAAAUGAAGCAAAGCAGACAAAAGCGUGUUUCUGCAGGGAGUAAUGACACAACUGAACUCAAUAUUGCAUCUUGUGCGGUGAACCCAGCAAACAGCGCGCUGAUGGGCGCUAUGUUUCAGUGCUUAAUGAAUGCAACUACUGUCCAGCGACCAACUGGCAGUGGCAGCAGCAGCAGCGGUUCCGGGGCAAUUCCUUCCGAGCAGUCCAAAAGCUCUAUCAUCAUCGACGCCAUCGGCGGCGCGAUACGUUCAACACGGUUGUUACAACCGUCGUCGAAACAUGAAAAUUCUUCAGACGAUGACAAGGAUAGUGAUUUCGAAAUUUUAAACUCGGAAGAGUUGAAUAACUUUUGAAAGCAUUUUCUAUCGAUCGUUUUUCGGUUCUUUUCCUCCGAUAUGAAGACUCUCAUUGCGCGAUGUUCUUUUGUUUGUAAAUAUCGGAACGGUUUUUCUAUUGGAGUAGAGCAGACCAAUCACUAGAAACAAUGCUGUUUAUGCCAUAUAUGUACUAUAUGUAUUUAAUACAUGUAAUUAACUGUG